AGACAUUUUUAGUGUUGCUGAGGAGACGCUAAUAGUUGUUGCCACGUCGGAUCAGAAAACCAUUCUUGAUGGUAUAUCAUAAAACCGAGAUACGUUUGUAACAGGGUUACACGCCUUGGAGUGCAAUUUCUCUGUUUAGAGUCAAACUCAUUACAAUACUCAUCAAUCAUGGUUUCCGUCAUCAACACUGUGGACACCUCCCAUGAGGACAUGAUACAUGAUGCCCAAAUGGAUUACUACGGUACCAGACUGGCAACCUGCUCUUCUGACAGGUCUGUCAAGAUCUUCGAUGUCAAAAAUGGAGGACAGAUCCUUGUGGCAGAUUUGAGAGGUCACGAGGGUCCUGUGUGGCAGGUGGCCUGGGCUCACCCCAUGUACGGCAACAUCCUGGCCUCAUGUUCCUACGACAGGAAGGUGAUCAUCUGGAAGGAGGAGAACGGUACCUGGGACAAGAUGUACGAGUACACUGGACACGACUCCUCAGUGAAUUCAGUGUGCUGGGGUCCCUAUGACUUUGGUCUGAUCCUGGCCUGUGGCAGCUCAGACGGAGCCAUCUCAUUGGUCACCUGCUCUGGGGAUCAACGGUGGGAGAUUAAGAAGAUCAGCAAUGCACACACAAUCGGCUGUAACGCAGUGAGCUGGGCUCCAGCAGUGGUGCCAGGUAGUCUGAUAGACCUGCCGUCGGGUCAGAAACCCAACUGCAUCAAGAGGUUUGUCUCAGGAGGCUGCGACAACCUGGUCAAGCUCUGGAAAGAGGAGGAUGGCCAAUGGAAGGAGGACCAGAAGCUGGAAGCUCAUAGUGAUUGGGUCAGAGAUGUAGGCUGGGCUCCAUCCAUAGGACUACCCACCAGCACCAUCGCCAGCUGCUCCCAGGACGGCAGGGUAUUCAUCUGGACGUGUGACGACCCUACAGGCAACACGUGGACGGCUAAACUCCUCCACAAGUUCAACGACGUGGUGUGGCAUGUCAGCUGGUCCAUCACUGGAAACAUCCUGGCUGUGUCUGGGGGGGACAACAAGGUGACGUUGUGGAAGGAGUCUACGGACGGCCAGUGGGCCUGCAUCAGCGACGUCAACAAAGGCCAGGGAGCCGUAUCGUCCAUCGCAGACGGAGCGCCGAGUGAACAGUGAUCCAGGCCACUCCUCUUCCUGCCCCCCCCCC